AGAAAGCAAAAUGCCAAAAAACAGGACAGCUAGAAAAUAAGGGCAACAGCAGUAGUUAGCACUGCUGUCGACUUCAAGUUUCUGGGUUCUAGAUCCUGACCUCGACAGCAAGACUAGGCUAGAGUUGGAAGGGCGUAAGAAAAAUUCAUUCGUUACAUCUUCGCUCUUGUGCAGUCUAGCUGAAACCAUGGCUCUUCCGGCGAUGUAUCGGCGAAUGCGAGUGGCGAAAUUGUCCACUCAAUUCAGAGACGCUGUUGAAAUUGUCACGCAGCCGAUGCCAACGCCUGGCCCCGGUGAAUUGCUGGUACGCAAUCGGUACAUUGGAAUCAAUGCUUCAGAUGUGAAUUACACUGCGGGACGAUACAACCCGGGAACAGCACCCCCUUUUAAUAUUGGGUUCGAGGCAGUUGGACAAGUCGUGCGCACAGGUGGCUCUGACUGCGGAGAUAUCAAAGAGGGCGAUGCCAUUGCCAUUAUGUAUGACGGAUCGUUCAGUGAGUACAACGUAGUGCCAGCGAGGCGGACGUUUCGCCUGCCGCGACUGGACGCCGGCUAUGUCCCCCUGCUUGUCAGUGCCUUGACGGCAGCCAUAAGCCUGGAGGAGCUCGGCGACCUUGCUCCGGGGAAAACAGUACUGGUAACGGCAGCGGCCGGAGGCACUGGUCAGUUUGCCGUGCAGGUCGCCAAGGCAGCCGGCUGUAAGGUGCUGGGUACGUGCUCCACCGAUGAGAAGGUGCGCUUUCUGCGCGAGCUGGGCUGCGACCACGCAAUAAACUACAAAACGGAGGACUUGAAGAAGGUGUUGCGUGAUGAGUACCCAGCCGGAGUGGACUGUAUUUAUGAGUCUGUCGGUGGUGAUACAUUUGAUACGUGUGUAAAGAGUUUAGCUACCCAUGGCAAUCUCAUCAUCAUCGGUUUCAUCACCGGUUACGAGAAUGACCUUGGGUUUCCUAUGGGCCGUUAUGCUGGCAUGCCGCCCAUGCUGCUGCGACGCUCCGCCAGUGUGCGCGGCUUCUUCCUCUUCCACCACACCAAGAAGUGGAAGUCGCACUUCUUGCAGCUCGCCUCCCUCUACGAGCAGGGCAAGCUCAAGUCGCUGGUCGAUGACGGCAGCCAGUCGGGCCGCGCGCCAUUCCGCGGCAUCGACUCCAUUCCCGACGCUGUCGAAUACUUGUACAGUAAGCAGAGUCAGGGUAAGGUGGUUGUGGACCUCUGGAAGGAUGAGCCGAGUGCCGGCACUCGCAGCCGUCUCUGAUCCAGGAAAAAAGAGAGCGAAUUCUAGUCAUUUCUCUGAUCCAGGAACAAAGAGAAUGAAUUCUAGUCAUUUUUCUUCAUAGCGUCAUGUGAGCUAGGACUCCCUUCUCUCGGCAGUGGUCUGCUUUCAUUGUACUGCAACCAGUAUUGUUUGUGAUGUGUGUUGUCCCAUUGGCGUAGUCAAUUACAUUGCUGAGGAUAUUCUCAUUUUUGUUGUGCAAUUUCUUUUUCCAGUUUCUAUUAUGUACUGCCCAGUAGCCUGUACCAACCAACCCGGAAAUAUUCCGUUUAUAAUCGUUUCUAGUUUCCUUUUUAUUAUUAUUAUUAUAGUGUGCGCACAGAUGAGUGCCUACUCUUGUUGUUUCUCUCUCCCUUUUCUUAUUCACAAUAUAGGUGUCUGCUGGCAUGACACUCCGUUUCUGUUUUCUUGAACAUUAUUUUACUUUGCGUAUACUUCUGAAUUAUUUACUGUUAGUAGUGUUACUGAAGAUUCGAUUAAAGCUAUGUGCUCUUGGCGAAACUCGCCGCAACCCGCACAAGUUCGCAGCUCAAUUUCUUUUCAAAUGCCCCUUGGGCCACUAUCAUUGGAACUACGGGGCAUGUCACACAUUG